AUGACAGAAAGCCGAAUUCCAGUCAUCGUAUCCAGGCGACGAAUCGAUUUUCCAAUAGGGGAAUCAAAUCCUCAAAUGUUUACGUUAUUUAAUCCCUAUGACUAUAUUAUCAAGUAUAGAGUCCUGGCUACUUCACCCACUAGUUAUGAAGUUGGAUCACAUUCGGGUUUUAUUGAUCCCAACUGUUGUAAAGACUUCACUGUACGAUGUAAAUUAACGAUGGAAGUUGGUAAUGUGGACAAACUAAGAGUUGAAAUUAAACCAAAGCACACAUCAAACAUGUAUGGAUCCAAGGAAAUUGAGCUUGUUACAACUGCCCGAAGUACAGAGAGCUCUAAAAGACCAAACAUAUCAGAUUUAACAAAUGCUCCUGCAAUUCAUGCGAACGAGCCUAGGGCUGCCGACGCACAGGAUUUAAACCAAGCACCAUAUUUGGUCGUGGGAUUGCUGUGCGCUGUGGCAUUGGUCUUGCCAACGGUCCACGAGCCUGGGGCUGCUAAUUCGAAUAUUCCCGAAUAUUUCCAUCUUACGUUGCCUCAGAAACUAGUUGCAGCUUAUAUAUUAGGCAUAAUAUCGAUCCUUUUAAUUAGGCCGACGUAG